AUGAACGUCAAUUACGUCAUUUUGGCAACAAUAAACAUAAAUUACGUAUUUUUGGCGUUUAUAAGCGUAACUUACGUCAUUUUAGCUGCUAUCAGCGUUACUUCCAUUACUUUCACGGUUAUAGGCGUAACUUACGUGACUUUUACAAUUAAAAACGUAAAUCACGUCACUUUGGCAACCAUAGAAUUCACUUAUGUCACUUUGGCGGCCAUAAGCGUAACUUUUGUAAUUUUAGCGGCUAUAAGUGUCAUUUACAUCACUAUGGCGGUAAUAAACGUAACUUACGUCACUUUAAUAAUUAUAAACGUCACUUACGUUAUUUUGGCGGUUAUAGGCGUUAAUUACGUCAUUUUGGCAACAAUAGGCACAAAUUACGUAUUUUUGGCGCUCAUAGGCGUCAAAUACGUCACUUUGGCAAUCAUAGGCGUAAAUUACGUUAUUUCGGUAACCAUAUACGUGAAUUACGUCACUUUGGCUGCCAUAGGCGUCAAUUACGUCACUUUGGCGGCCAUAACCAUUACUUUUGUCAUUUUAGCAGCUAUAAGUGUCAUUUACAUCGCUAUGGCAUCUAUAAACGUAACUUACGUCACUUUAACAAUUAUAAACGUCACUUACGUCAUUUUGGCAAUUAUAGGCGUCAAUUACGUCAUUUUAACACAAAUAGGCAUAAAUUACGUAUUUUUGGCGCCUAUAGGAGUCAAAUACGUGACUUUGGCGGUUAUAAGUGUCAAUUACGUUAUUUCGGUAACCAUAAAUCACGUCACUUUGGCAGUAAUGGGCGUCUCUUACGUCACUUUGGCUACCAUAGGCGUUACUUACGUUAGUUUGGCAGCAAUAAGCGUCAAUAACGUUACUCAAACGUUCAUGGGUGUCGCUUAUGUGACUUUAGUUUUAAGAGGCGUCGUUUACGUCACUUAA